AUGGGACCCAUUAGAGGAUUAAAGAAGAGAAAGAAAGCUGAGAAGAAAGUUGACCAAAAUGUCUUCGCUUCUGCUGCUUCUUCUUUGUUGUCUCAACCUGAGCCCUUGGAUUGUCAAGUGAACGAUGAUGUUGCUACAAAAGUUUACGUUGGAGGGAUUCCAUAUAACGCAAGUGAGCAUGAUAUUAGAACUUACUUUGAAGGCUGUGGCUCAAUAACAGAAAUUGAUUACAUGACAUUUCCUGAUACUGGGAAGUUUAGAGGAAUUGCCAUUAUUAGUUUCAGGACUGAAGGUGCUGCCAAACGAGCCUUGGCUCUUGAUGGAUCUGAGAUGGAUGGACUCUUUCUGAAAAUCCAACCCUACAAGACGACUAGAGUCACUAGAGCCAAUAAAACACCUGAUUUUGCCCCAAAAAUAAUGGAAGGCUAUAACAGGACAUAUGUUGGGAAUUUAUCAUGGGAUAUAACCGAGGAUGACCUAAGAAAAUUUCUUUCGGAUUGCAAAAUAUCAUCCAUACGUUUUGGGAUGGACAAAGAAACAGGGGAAUUCCGAGGCUAUGCCCACGUGGAUUUCGAUGACAGUCUAUCUUUGUCAAUGGCACUGAAGUUGGAUCAGGAGAUUGUUUGUGGAAGACCUGUCAAGAUAAGUUGUGCUGUUCCUCCUAAGAAAGGAGUAAACACUCUAUCCAGCUCUGUGCCGACAAGUAAUGUGACAACUAGUGAGAUUACUGAUAACAAAGCAAGUAAUGUGGUGACUAGUAAUAUUACCGAUAACACAGCAAGUAAUGUGGCAACUAGCAAUGGUACUGAUAAUGCUGGCGCAGCUAUUGUUAGCGGUAAGAUCAGGAGAAGAACAUGCUACGAGUGUGGAGAAAAAGGCCAUCUUUCUUCAGCCUGCCCCAACAAAACUGCUGAUCCUACAAACUCCAUUACCAGUUGA